CCCCUUCUUUCCCUAUUAACUUCCCAAGCUCCAAAAUCUUAACACAUUCUAAUUCAAACAAAUUAUGUAUCCUUCCUCAACUUCUUCUUCAUCUCAAAAUUCAAUGAGCCACACCACCACCGCUGGCGGCGGUAGCAACGGCGGUGGAGGGCUGACCCGUUACGGUUCAGCUCCGGGCGCAUUUUUAACUACUGCAGUUGAAUCCGUCAUUGGUGCUAAUAAUCACGAUUUUAACCUCCACGGGUCCCACCAUCAACACCUUGGACCUUCGCGAUAUUAUUCGCCAAAUAUGACGUCAUCUAAUUCGUUAAAUUCAGAAUCUACUAGUAAGGCUAAGGAACAAUCGAGUUUACAGAGAUCAAUUGGAUUCAAUGAUUUAACAAUUGGCGGCGGCGGUGGUGGAUGUGGAGUUUUGCCGGCGGCGAAUUCGACGACGCCGUUGGUUCGACAUAGUAGCUCACCAGCUAGGUUUCUUAAUCAACUUGCUGCUGCUGCUGGUGAUACUGGCUUUUCAGUAUCAAUGGGGAGAGGAAGCUAUAACUCUAAAGGCGUCGCAGACAGUAGCCGGGGUAUAACAAGGCUGAACUCUCAGCUCAGCUUCACUAGGCAGGAAGUUCUCUCUCAAAUAGCAGAGGAAAAUGAGGAUGUUGAAGGGACCAGUACAGAGAAUGGCCACAGAAAGUCAACACAUUCUUAUGCCACUGCAAGUAGUUUCGCAAUGGGUUCAUGGGAAGAUAACAAUUCUAUAAUGUUCUCUGUCACACCGAGUAAACGAGCCAAGCACAUUAGCAAUGACAUUGUCAAUGGGCUCGAUGAUGGGGAAACUCAGUUUCAGUUUGGCUUGUCUCAGACAGCACUAGAAAUGUCGUCAAUGGAUAGAUUGCUGCACAUCCCUGAGGAUUCUGUUCCUUGCAAAAUUCGUGCCAAGCGUGGUUGUGCUACUCAUCCUCGCAGCAUUGCAGAAAGGGAGAGAAGAACCAGAAUAAGUGGGAAGCUAAAGAAGUUACAAGAUCUUGUUCCAAACAUGGACAAGCAAACGAGCUACGCUGACAUGCUGGAUCUAGCAGUGCAGCACAUUCGAACCCUUCAAGAUCAGGUUCAGAAUCUCAACAUUGAACUUGAAAACUGCAAAUGUGGAUGUAAGAAAUCGAGUCAAUAACAGUGCAUACAAAAUGGGAGGAACCAUUAGCUGAAGAUUGACCUAAAGGCUUUUUGUCACCAUUAUUGCCUCUGUAGAAGAAUUCAAAAUCUGUACAUAUGGAAGCAAAUUUCCAACUAGCUUUUUUAAAGCUAAAAGUGAAUUCUCUUGGUCGUUUUUUCCUUUUCAGUUGGACCACGUAUAUGAUUUUGGAUAAUUUCUAGUUUUUUUCCCUUAACAUUUAAUUUGUAAUUCAGUUUUGGGUUCAUUUUGCUUUCUAGAUUCUUUUCUUGAGUA